UUUAGCCAUGGCAGAUGAGACCUUCAAAUACGUGAUUCUUGGUGGUGGCGUUGCCGCUGGAUAUGCAGCUAGGGAAUUCGUUAAACAGGGACUUAAUCCAGGAGAAUUGGCGAUUAUAUCCAAGGAGGCGGUUGCUCCUUAUGAGCGUCCAGCUCUUAGCAAAGCCUAUCUCUUUCCCGAGUCCCCUGCUAGAUUACCAGGGUUCCAUGUAUGUGUAGGAAGUGGAGGGGAGAGGUUGCUUCCUGAUUGGUACAAGGAAAAAGGGAUCGAGUUGAUUCUCAGUACAGAAAUUGUUGAAGCAGAUCUUCCUGCCAAGAGACUCAGAAGUGCUCAUGGGAAAAUUUACAACUACCAAACUUUGAUUAUUGCUACUGGUUCUACUGUUAUUAAAUUGUCUGACUUUGGAGUUCAAGGAGCGGAUGCCAAAAACAUUUUCUAUUUGAGAGAAAUUGAUGAUGCUGAUCAGCUAGUUGAAGCAAUCAAAGCAAAGGAAAAUGGAAAAGUGGUUGUUGUUGGAGGAGGAUACAUAGGCCUUGAGCUUGGUGCAGCGUUGAGAAUAAACAACUUUGAUGUCAGCAUGGUUUAUCCUGAACCAUGGUGCAUGCCUAGGCUAUUCACUCCAGAAAUAGCUGCUUUCUAUGAAGGUUAUUAUGCACAAAAAGGAAUCACAAUCAUUAAAGGAACAGUCGCUGUAGGCUUCACAGUUGAUACUAAUGGAGAGGUUAAGGAAGUGAAACUUAAAGAUGGCAGGGUCUUAGAAGCUGACAUUGUUGUUGUUGGUGUUGGUGCACGGCCGCUGACAAACUUAUUCAAGGGUCAAAUUGUAGAAGAAAAAGGAGGCAUUAAGACUGAUGAAUUCUUCAAGACGAGUGUUCCUGAUGUAUACGCGGUGGGCGAUGUGGCUACUUUUCCUUUGAAGCUUUACAAUGAACUGAGAAGAGUUGAGCAUGUUGACCAUUCUCGCAAAUCAGCAGAGCAAGCUGUGAAGGCCAUCAAGGCGAGUGAAGAGGGCAAAGCCAUUGAGGAGUAUGACUAUCUUCCAUACUUCUACUCUCGAUCCUUUGAUUUAUCAUGGCAGUUUUACGGGGAUAAUGUUGGCGACGCAGUCUUAUUUGGAGACAACAGUCCUGAUUCAGCUACUCACAAAUUUGGGUCAUAUUGGAUCAAAGAUGGGAAGGUUGUGGGAGCUUUCCUAGAGAGUGGGAGUCCUGAAGAAAACAAGGCCAUUGCCAAAGUUGCUAGGAUUCAACCAUCAGUUGAGAACUCAGAUUUGCUCCUUAAAGAAGGCAUCUCCUUUGCAUCCAAGGUUUAAAAGUUACAUUUCACCAUUUACUGAAUAAAUUCAAGUGCUUGGACUUAAUAUUUGAUCAACUUUUAAUUUCAUAUAUGAUUACUUCAUGUAUGUUAUUUAUUGGAAAGUUGAGCUGAAUCUGAAAACAAGUUUUAUCAAGUGUUUCAAAUAAAGUGUAUUACUUUAAGAUUUCGUG